CGUCCACAGACCUAUGGCGGAUCAGGAAAACAAAACAGACAAUUUUUUCUCCUUCCUGAACCUGGUGGUCGGUGCCUACCUCGUCGCGGAUAUCACACAUAUAAAACCUUAUCUCGACAAAGAUGGUGAACCACCUCACUGCUGUGAUGGUAUAUGCAAUCACCCCGAGUGUUUCCCCAUUGUUCAAAGAAAUGGCGACCCGUUCCCUGCAACCAGUGAAUGCAUGAACUUCGUACGAUCCGUGGCGAAAGACAACUGCAAUGGUACCCGUACCCCAGUGAACUUCCAGACCUCAUUCAUAGACUUGUCGCACUUGUAUGGGAUCAGCAAGCAAGAAAACAGGAGGAUUAGGACGUUUACGGGAGGAAAACUGAUACUUCGCAAUGGGCUACUACCUCCGAACCUGGAAGAAACCACAUGUAAACUGAUGGGAUCAUUCAAUAGGGACACCAACUAUUGUCCAUUUUCUUUCAGAGCUAAAAGGGUCACUCCAAUCACAGACGCUAUUCAAACACUGUUCACGAGGGAACACAACCGGAUAGCCGACGGACUCGCGGCCGUGAACCCGCACUGGGGAGACGAGCGGCUCUUCCAGGAGGCUCGCAGGAUACUUAUCGCACAGUGGCAAAACAUCAUCUACAAUGAGUGGUUGAUUAAACUGAUCAGCGUACCGAGUGCUAUAGAGGCGGGCAUUGGUACCAGGGUAUGCGGUUACAAGAACGACUACGACGCCAACGUCGAACCAUCAGUGUUUGUUGAGUUCACGACCGCCGCCAUGCGCUUCGCACACGCGCAAUUACCGGCACUUCUGAGGCUGUUUGACGCCAACUUCAACGCGGUUGGCAACCCGGUGCCCGUCAGUGACAUCCUCUUUAAUGUGGCCACCUAUUUUGACGGCGGCAGCGGAGAAGGCGUGACAAACCUCCUUCGGGCAUUCAUAGCUAGCCCCAUUGGAACUGUUGCUGAUCCAUUCCUGGAACUUGACUACCUCGAUAACCUCUUUCGAGAUGGAAUGGGGGGAAGUUACGAUCUUGCAAGUCUCGGCAUUCAAAGGGGUCGUGAUCACGGUCUGCCGACCUACAACCAGAUGCGGGCCUUCUUCAACCGGUCGGUGGCGGCUACCUUCGCUGACCUUGAAAACAUUCCGAAGGAUAUUCAGGAUCGGCUAGCGAAAGUGUAUCAAUGCCCAGACGAUAUUGACCUUUUCACUGGGGGCUUGGCCGAGGAUGAGGGAGAGGCACUGAGUCUCCUCCACUUUCUUUUCAACGAUAUUGUAACCAUGCAGAUGAAGAGGCUGAGGACAGGAGACCGGCUUUUCUUUGAAAAUAGGGAGGCGGGCUUUACUGAAGGCCAGCUAAACAACCUUCGCCAGUUGAGGCUAUCAAAUAUAAUAUGCGACAACACCUCUGCCGACGAACUCCCUCGCUGGCUUCUCGUUAAUCCCCUACCACAGAUUCCGAUCCAGGCCUGCAGCGACUACACUGCACUCGACUUUGAGCUAUGGCGAGAGAUAGUCUGAGCCUUCCAUCCCCUGCAUGGCUCUCAGCGCUGUGACCAAUGUAUGGCACUUGGUUAUGUGCUGUGGCCACCGGAUGGACUUGACUUGUUUACUAUGAAUGCAUUGUGUAUC